ACUGUACUGUACGUCCUGAGGCCGAUGGGUUCGCGCCCGAUUAGGGUUUGCCGCCGGGUUGGCGAAAUCGGUCGUUGCGUAGUCUGAGCUCCGGCCAUUGGCGCGUGCGGGUCAAAUUCUCGUUUUUGUCGAAGAAGGUGGUGGGGCAGGGCGAAAAGCGUUCGCGCAGAGCGAGUGAGUGAGAUAGAGAGAGAGGGAGAGGGGGACAGUUGGAGAUGCAGUUCAGACCUGAUGUUGGAAACGGGCCUGGCUUGGCACUUCGUAGACCCGGCGCCCCUGGUCCCCCGUUUCCGGUACGUUUAAGUUCUGCCGAGCGGUUGUGUGUCUUCACUUUCUUUUGAUUGUUAUUCAUCGGGCGUGUCGCGGUCUCCCGGGAGAUGGAGGACAGACGUGCCCCUCCUCUCAGGGGAGGAUUUCCGGUCGAUUAUGGACCGCGAGUAGAUGAUCGGAGAUACACAUCACAAGCCCCAUCUCGACCCAGUGCGCCGAAGGCCCAGCAACAACAGCAACAGCAAUCAGAUGACCAGGAAGAAGCGCCCCCGUCUAGACAUUUGUGGGUAGGUAACGUCUCCCAGGAAGUGACGGAAGGUCAACUAGUAGAGAAAUUCUCGAAAUAUGGACCUAUCGAGAGCGUGACAGUUUACUCCCAGCGCAAUUACGCUUUCAUCAACUUUAAAAACCUAGAGAAUGCUCAAGAUGCCAAAAAUGGGCUUCAAGGAGUUGUUCUUGGAGGCCUUGCCAUGCGGAUUGAGUUUGCCAAGGGGGCUAAGCCUAGCAGGCAUCUCUGGGUUGGUGGAAUUGGUUCAACGGUGACCAGAGAGUUGAUUGAGGGCGAGUUCAAGAGAUUUGGAACGAUGGAAGACUUCAAAUUUCUCCGCGAUCGCAAUUGCGCUUUCGUUGAUUAUGUGAAAAUAGAGGAUGCAAUAGCAGCUGUAGAUUCUCUCAACAGAAAACGUCUCGGAGAUGAAGAACUCCGCGUCGACUUUGGUCGGUCGCAGCCUCCGAAGCGGGAAACUCGACCUGGCUCUGCACAGGGAGAUGAUUGGGGUACGCCAUCAAGGGAUGUGCGUGGUCAUUCAGACCAGUUUAGGGCACCUACGGAAUCAUUUAGGGGUCCUCCCGAUGGAUUUAGAGACUCGGAGAGACCUUCACAGCCCCCAGGUGAUUCUUUUCGCGGUUCAUCAGAAGGAUUUCAGGCUGGCGUUGGCACAGCUUCAAACGGACCAGGAUCAGGAAGGAAUAGGGAUAAGGAAGAACCAAGUGAUGUGUUGUGGGUUGGGUUCCCUUUGCUGUCAAAGGUGGACGAAGAGGGUCUGCGCAGGGCAUUCGUACCUUACGGUGAGGUUGAGCGAGUGAAGACUUUUCCAGGUCGGACAUACGCAUUUGUUCAGUUCAAAAAUGUAGAAGAAGCAACUCGAGCGAAAGAUGCCUUGGAGGGGAAAUUGUUCAAUGAUCCGCGGGUGCACAUUCGGUUUUCAAACAGCGAGAUUGGCCCUGUUGAUAAUCCUCGCACAGAUGGCACUCUUGUAUCACCAUCUGGAGGGAGGGAAGCUCCAGGAUUUGCUGAAAAAAGCCUGGUGAGGAUAGCUGCAACGGAGAGGUAUACUGCAACUAAUCCACCAAUGCGCCCUACCGGUCUAAGGCCUGAGUAUUACCCAGGUGGUCUUGCACGUGGCGCAGCCCUUGCCAGGGCUGCUGCAGUAGCUGGAUCUGGUCUAGGUACCGGACGAGGUGUAGGCAGGGGCCUGGCCUCUGAUACUAGGAUGUCUUUGGAUGAGAGGGAUUAUCAAACAGGUGGGCAAGGGGGCAGGAGUGCAAGGCCCGGCUCUAGAGCUCCUUAUGAUGAUGGAUGGGAUUUACCUGAUGAAGAGAUCAUCUCUCGCGAGCCAAAGAGAAUGAGAGUUCUACACGGUGGAGGCCCUGAAUCGGCCUACAACUCUAACUAUGACAGCGGACGACGGUACGCUGAACCCGAUAGUUUUGGGCCUGGAUCUGAUUCCGGUAACGGAUAUGGAGGAAAUCAGUCUCGAAGCACAGUGGCGGGAGACGACUACAACCAAGGUUCUGGUGUCCCAAGACCUCGCAUUGGACCUCUACAUUUUGACCCUCCAAGACCUGCUCCUGCGGGGCAAGCUCAGUUACAUGCAGUAACACCUUCGGGACCAGUGAAGAGAGAGACUUUCGCUCCUGAGGUUGGGGUAACGGGGAUUAACGAGGGCUGGAGAUGGCAUGGAACGAUUGCAAAGGGUGGAACUCCUGUCUGUCGAGCCAGGUGCUUGCCCGUUGGAAAGGGUAUCGAUGUCACCGUGCCGGACGUGGUCAACUGUACGGCAAGAACCGAUCUCGACAUGUUGGCAAAGCAUGUUUACCAAGCGGGUGAUUUUGGAGUUGUCUUUUUUGUACCAGAAGCAGACCCUGAUGUUCCUCCCUAUCACGACUUUAUGCACUAUCUGGGUGAGAAGCACCGGGCAGGGGUUGCCAAACUGGCAGACGGUACCACUCUUUUUCUGGUGCCCCCAUCCGAGUUUUCUGAAAGAGUUCUCAAAGUCCCUGGGAAUAACUGUUUAUUUGGAGUGGUUCUGAAGGCUCCGCAGCCUAAUCCUGCAGCAUAUGUUCAACCUCAGCCGCAGCCGGCUCCCCCUCAGCAGCUGCAUCCUCCACAACAGCUUCAGUCGCAAUCGCCACAGCAGCAAUCGAUCUCACAUCCACCGCAAUAUUCGCAAUCUCAAGGGCCGCCAAUGUCUAGUGGGCACUCCUCACAGGAUAACGGUUCGUUUCAAGGUCCACCCCCUCCCCAAGGUCAACCACCAACACCAGUGGUUGCAAGCAGUAAUUUAUCGCAGUCUCAGUUGAGCAACCAUUCCGGUGGUCUUCCUACAGUUCUGACGCCCGAGCUUAUUGCCUCUCUCACAGCUUUACUGCCUCAACAAAACCAAGGACCGCUUCCUCCUGUCUCUGCCCCGCCUCCGAUGUCGACAUCAAACUUGCUUCCACCUUCAGCAAAUGGAGUGGGUUCCGGUGCAUACUUGGGCAGGGGAGGUCCCAGUUCGGGAUCCGCAACUCCUGCGAUGCCUAAUCCCUCCAAUAUUGAUAAUCGGUCUAACUACAGACCCGCGCAAGGCAAUCAGCAAUCUAUGGUGACAUCUCAAGGAUGGCCUUCGUCUCAUUCCGAGCAGCCGUCAAGUGGUGGGGGUCACCUGUCUGCUUCUGCAGAGCAGGGCUCUCAUUUUACUCCAUCCCAGCAGCCGCAGGCGUCCUUAUCUGUUGCGUCUAACGUGCAACAACCUCUUCCUGGAGCACCAACUAGUCAAGGUCAGUUAGGUUUUUCAGGAUCUCAGAGCCAGGGGUUUUCCGGUCCUGGUUUUAGUGGCCAGCAAUUGCCUCAACAGCCGAGGCCUCCUCAACAUCCACCACCGCAGCUGGGAGGCACGCCUCAGUUACCUGCUGAUCAGCUUGCACAAUUGACAGCACUUUUGACUCAGAGACAGCAGCAACCCGCACAACAGCAACAAGCUGCACAAUUACUACAACAACAUUAUCAGCAACAGCAACCUGCAACUCAUCCAAUUCUUCCUCAGCCACCCUUACCCUCUCAUCAACCUCAAACGCAAAACUACACCCAGCAAUCAACCCAACCACCUCAAUACAGUCAGCAAGGACCUUCUCAAUCGCAGUGGGGACAGGCCUCCCAGUUGCCGCAACACACCUCGCAAAAUAUAAUGCACUCUCAAGGUUCAAGCGUCAACAGCGGUGGCUGGGAGCAUGGAUCCAUAGGUCAAGGCCAGCAACAUCAACCGCAGCAGCAACCAGUACCCCCUCCUCAGCCACCACAGGCGCCAAUCUCUCAAAUGCAGCAGCAGCAGCAGCAACAGCAACAACAGCAGCAACAGCAACAGCAUGCGGGCUCUGGAAUGAUCGCAGCUGAUCAGGGAGGCUCUUCGAAUCAAGAUGAGGCCGAGCGGCAGAAGCGAUUUCAAGCAACCUUGCAAUUAGCAGCUGCUCUAUUGCAGCAAAUGCAACAUCAACAAACCCCUGGUCAAGGAAGCGGUGAUCAACGAUGACUAUAGUAAUCACAUCUUGUCAGGUAUGUCAUCUGCCACUGUAUAUAUGGGUCCCAAUUCUGCUUCGUGUUCCUGUUGAAGUCCAAUAAUGAUGUUUGAUUUCCCUCCUCCCUUUAUAAUUGUCCGCUUGUGUUCACAACCUAAAUCGUUAAGGCUCAACUGUCUACUAUCUCACCCAGACGAUUUUAGCUGGUGGCGAAAAUCAGUUAAUCUCAGCUCCCGUAGAUACUUUGCUGUUUUGAAACGAAAAAUCUCCUGUUAAGCAAGAUACUUUCGAGAUACUCAAAGUAUGGAAGACACUUCCUUUCAAUUGAAUUGUAUGAAAUUACUAAAAUCUCAGAAUGCAUCGGAACUACUGGUAAAUUGAAACAAACCCUUUUGAAGAACAUCUGACACUUUCAGCUGCUGUAGAAUCUGGUUGUGGAAAAUCUACUACUGUCUCUUCUCUUCAACUUAAAACCGAUGAAUGUUGAUGUAAUUUCAUUGCAUCGCAUCCGGCUUUAGAGAACGGAGCAAUAAAUUGCUUUGUCGGUCUUUGUCUUCGAAAGUUCAGACAUGUACGCCUCGAAGGCUGCCUAGCACCUUAAACAUCAACUUAACAGGUGGGCUGUAGAAAUUCGUAGACCAACGUAGAUAAUUUCUGAGUUGGCUGUUGCCGAACAAAGUUUAUUUUUGCCAGCACUGGUGAUGAGAACUCUGGUUGUGUUGCUCAACCUAGAUUUCGGAAGUGCUGCUUUGCUUCAGAGCUGAUUGUGUUGAACACUUAAAGCCUUAAUUGAUGGCUGCAAGUCUGGAGUCCACGUAUUAGCCGUUGCCUCAAGUAGACCUCCACGCUCACGAUCUAGUUAACCUUAGCUUGACUCAUCCAACGCGCUCUCAACAAUACUUCAUAGAUGCGCAAGGAUUCGCCAAGACUAUCUGUCACCCUGCGAAAUAUCAAGACAUCUCCAAGUUGUAGAUACGUAUUUUCAUAAUGAAUGGCAAGUUCACUCAAUAUAGUCAGGUGAAAGGUGAACUUU